AUGGAUCUGGAAUCCCAAUCUAGACUGGGACCGAGCGAGCGAGCGCGGCUUCCCCGCCCCUCUGGAGAGCCAGGGGCGGGGAGGCGAGGACCCUCCCCUUCGCCCAUCCCCUCGGUCUCCGCCUCCUCUCGGGGCGGCCGCCGGGGCACUCGGAGGGACAGCCGGGGGAAGGGAGGCAGAGCCGGGACCGACUGGCGGCGGCGCUCGAGCCCUGUCGGAGCGGGCGGCGGCCGUGGGACCCCGGUGAGCCGAGCCGUGGCGCACGGGCCGAGGCGGCCGCCGAGUGCGAAGCGGAGUGGUCGGGGCCCCUGCGAGCAGCGCCCUGGCUACUUUCCCUUGGGAGUUGUAAUCUGUUUUGAGAGCCGGGGUUUCAGGCAGAGCCUGGCCCAAGCCAUGACGGAGGUGGAAGCCGUGCUCGGGCUGCUGGAGGCCGCGGGAGCGCUCAGCCCCGGCGAGCGGCGGCAGCUGGACGAGGAGGCAGGAAGCGCCAAGGCGGAGCUGCUGCUCAAGCUGCUCCUGGCCAAGGACCGGGACCACUUCCAGGACCUGCGGGCGGCGCUGGAGAAGACGCAACCUCACCUGCUGCCCAUUCUUUAUCUGAACGGAGUCGUCAGGCCGCCGCAGCCCGCCGAGGGUGCGGGCUCCACCUACAGUGUCCUGUCCAUCAUGCCCUCAGACUCCGAGAGCAGUGGUUCCCUCAGCAGUGUGGGUACCACAGGGAAGGGACCCUCCCCGCCACCCGUCCUCACCGACCGGCAAGCGAACGAGAAGGUGGAGAACCUCUACAUUCAACUGCGGCUGCUGACCCAAGAGAGGAAUGAGCUGCGAAAGCGACUGGCCUUUGCCACUCACGGGGCGACCUUUGACAAAAGGCCCUACCACAGGCUGAAUCCCGACUACGAGAGGCUGAAGAUCCAGUGUGUUCGGGCCAUGUCAGACCUACAGAGCCUCCAGAACCAACACACCAACGCCCUGAAGAGGUGUGAGGAGGUGGCUAAGGAGACUGACUUCUACCACACACUCCACAGCCAACUCCUGAGUGACCAGACCCAGCUGAAGGAUGAUGUGGACAUGUUGAGGCGAGAGAAUGGGCAGCUACUACGGGAACGUAACCUGUUACAGCAGUCAUGGGAGGACAUGAAGCGGCUCCAUGAGGAGGACCAGAAGGAGAUUGGUGACCUCCGGGCCCAGCAGCAGCAGGUGUUGAAGCACAAGGGGUCAUCUGAGAUCCUCAACAAGCUGUACGACACUGCCAUGGACAAGCUGGAGGUGGUUAAGAAGGACCAUGACGCCCUACGGAAGCGGUACAGCGAGAAAGUCGCCAUCCACAACUCGGACCUGAGCCGCCUAGGUCAGCUGGAGGGUGAGAACCAGCGGCUGCUGAAGCAAAUGGACAUGCUGACGCAGCAGAGGGACACCGCCAUCCAGCUUCAGCACCAGUGUGCCCUCUCCCUGCGGAGGUUCGAGGCGAUUCACCACGAGCUGAAUAAGGCCACGGCCCAGAACAAGGACCUGCAGUGGGAGAUGGAGCUCCUACAGUCGGAGCUGAUAGAACUGAGGAGCGCGCAGGCGAAGGCCACCAAGGAGUCGGAGAAGUACAAGGAGGAGCGGGAUGCGGUGUACAGCGAGUACAAGCUCAUCAUGAGUGAGCGGGACCAGGUCAUCUCUGAGCUGGACAAGCUGCAGACCGAGGUAGAGUUGGCAGAAUCUAAGCUGAAGAGUAGCACAUCGGAGAAGAAGACAGCCAGUGAGGAGAUGGAGGUGUUGCGGCAGAUUAAGGACACGGUGACAAUGGACGCCGGGAGAGCCAACAAGGAGGUUGAAAUCCUCCGAAAGCAACGCAAGGCUUUGUGCCAGGAGCUGAAGGAAGCCCUUCAAGAGGCUGACGUGGCCAAGUGCCGGCGGGACUGGGCCUUCCAGGAGCGGGACAAGAUCGUGGCAGAGCGCGACAGCAUCCGGACGCUGUGUGACAACCUUCGGCGGGACCGGGACCGGGCCGUGAGUGAGCUGGCUGAGGCCCUGCGUAGCCUCGACGACACUCGAAAGCAGAAGAAUGACAUCAGCCGGGAGCUUAAGGAGCUCAGGGAGCAGAUGGAAUCCCAGCUGGGAAAGGAGGCCCGCUUCCGGCAGCUGCUGGCCCACAGCUCCCAUGACUCUGCCAUCGACACGGACUCCAUGGAAUGGGAGACAGAAGUUAUAGAGUUUGAGAGGGAGACGGAGGAUAUUGAUUUAAAGGCCCUUGGGUUCGAUAUGGCCGAAGGUGUGAAUGAGCCCUGUUUCCCGGGGGACUGUGGCAUAUUUGUCACCAAAGUGGACAAAGGAAGCAUUGCUGAUGGCCGGUUAAGGGUCAACGACUGGCUGCUGAGAAUCAACCACGUGGACCUCAUCAACAAAGACAAGACACAGGCCCUCAAGGCCCUCCUCCAUGGGGAGGGGGCCAUUAACAUGGUGGUGCGGCGGAGGAAGUCUCUGGGCAGCAAGGUGGUCACACCGCUGCACAUCAACCUGAGCGGACAGAAAGACAGCGGCAUCAGUCUGGAGAAUGGCGUGUAUGCUGCUGCCGUGGUACCUGGAAGUCCCGCUGCCAGGGAAGGGUCCCUAGUGGUGGGAGACAGGAUUGUAGCGAUCAAUGGCAUUGCCCUGGACAACAAGUCUCUGAAUGAAUGUGAAUCUCUGUUACGGAACUGCCAGGACUCCCUGACCCUUUCCUUGCUGAAGGUUUUUCCCCAGAGCUCCUCGUGGAGUGGCCAGAACAUCUUUGAAAACCUCAAGGACUCAGAAAAGAUGUUGAGUUUUCGAGUCCACGGCCCUGAGGUCCAGGCUCACAACAAGCGGAACUUAACGCAGCACAAUAAUUCCACGCAGACAGACAUCUUCUACCUGGACAGGCUGCCUGCACCGGAGGACCGGAAGGAGAUGCCCGCUCCAGGAGGCAGCAGCUCUUUCCUGCACAAGCCCUUCCCUGGGGGGCCUUUUCCGGUCUGUCCACAGGCCUGUACCAGUGCCUCCGAACGCAGCCUGAAUUCCUUCCGCUCGGACCCAUCUGGGGAGCACAGCUAUGGGCUCAGGGAGGGCCGCAGCCGGAGGUCCCUGCUGCCUUUUGAGACUGAGGUGGGCCCCUGUGGGGCAGCGGAGGCCCCCCUGGACAGGGCGGAGCCCGAGAGCUCCAACAGCGGUGGGACAUGGCCCAAGGCCGUGCUCAGCUCCAGUGCAGAGCCUGAGAAACUCUCUGUUUACAAGAAGCCAAAGCAAAGAAAGUCCAUCUUUGACCCUAACACUUUCAAACGACCCCAGACGCCUCCCAAAGUAGACUACCUGCUUCCGCACUCUGGGCCCCCUUACCCAGCCCAGGCUUCCAGGAGGGUGGAGCCUCUGACACCCCCAAAACCACCAAGGAGGAGUGACUCCACCAAGUUGCAGCACAGACUAGAGACCAGUUCCGAGUCAGAGGCCACUCUGGUAGGCAGCUCCCCCUCCACCAGCCCCCCGAUGGCCCUGCCCCCUGAACUGGACCCUAGGGAUCCCAUCCCCGUGUCCUUCCCUCGCAAGGCCAGGGUCCGUAUUGCUUCUAGCUACUGCCCUGAAGGGGAUGGCGAAGCCUCCUACCUCCCGGCCAAGAAGUCUUGCGAUGAGGACCUCACCUCCCAGAAGGUGGAUGAGCUGGGGCAGAAGCGUCGCCGUCCCAAGUCUGCUCCUGGGUUCCGGCACAAGUUGUCUUUGGUGGUCCCUCCUGUUCAGGGCAUGGAGGAGCAGCAAUGCAUCCCGACCAGCGGGGAGCUUUCCCCAGAGCUCCAGGAGUGGUCCCCUUACUUGCCAGUGCCUUCCAACCGCCACAGCAACCCCCCACUCUACCCCAGCCGGGCAUCUGGGGGCACCGUUCCCCGGAGUGUGACCCCGAGCACUGCCGUGAACUCCAUCCUGAGGAACCCCAUCUACACUGUGCGGAGUCAUAGGGUUGGCCUCUGCAGCUCUCCACCCAUCCCCAGAGAGGGUGGGCCCCAGGGCCUGUACCCCAGUGUCCAGCAUCAAGUCCGCCUGAGCCUGGAUCUGAGCCCCCGGUCCUACGGUGACUACUCAGAGAUGAGGACCUCCCACGGGUCCAACUCCCUGCCCUCUAGCGCCCGCCUCGGCUCUUCGAGUAACUUGCAGUUUAAGGCGGAACGUAUUAAAAUCCCAUCGACACCAAGGUACCCGCGCUCUGUUGUGGGCUCUGAGAGAGGUUCCCUGUCACAUUCGGAAUGCAACACUCCUCCACAGUCCCCCCUCAGCCUCGACACCCUCUCGUCCUGCAGCCAGUCCCAGACCUUAGCUUCCACGUUGCCUAGAAUUGCUAUCAACCCUGCAUCCCUUGGGGAAUGGAGAAAGGACAGGCCUUACGUGGAGGAGCCGCGCCACGUCAAAGUGCAGAAGGGCUCGGAGCCGCUGGGGAUCUCCAUCGUGAGUGGAGAGAAAGGCGGGAUCUACGUGUCCAAGGUCACCGGCGGGAGCAUCGCUCACCAGGCCGGCCUCGAGUAUGGGGACCAGUUACUCGAGUUCAAUGGCAUCAACCUGCGGAGCGCCACAGAGCAGCAGGCCCGGCUCAUCAUUGGACAGCAGUGUGACAUGGUCACCAUCCUGGCUCAGUACAACCCAUACAUGCACCAGCUCAGCAGCCACUCCCGGUCCAGUUCCCACCUGGACCCCACCAGCAACCACUCCGUGCUGCAGAGCAGUGGAGCCACCACCCCAGAGCGUACUUCUGUCAUUGACCCACUGAUGGAGCAGGACGAAGGCCCAGGGACCCCUCCAGCCAAGCAGAGCACACCCAGCCCCAGGAUUGUGGGUGAUACCAACAAGAAGACCCCAGAGCCACGCAUUGUCUUCAUCAAAAAGUCUCAGCUGGAGCUUGGGGUGCACUUAUGUGGCGGGAACCUGCAUGGGGUGUUUGUGGCCGAGGUGGAGGAUGACAGUCCUGCCAGGGGCCCUGACGGCCUCAUGCCAGGAGACCUCAUCCUCGAGUAUGGCACACUGGACACACGUAACAAGACGGUGGAGGAGGUGUAUAUGGAGAUGCUGAAGCCCAAGGAUGGGGUCCGCCUGAAGGUGCAGUACCGCCCCGAGGAGCUCAGCAGGGUCAAGGGCCUGCCUGGGGACGGCUUCUACAUCAGGGCUCUGUACGACCGGCUGGCCGAGGUGGAGCAGGAGCUGAGCUUUAAGAAGGACGACAUCCUCUACGUAGAUGAUACCUUACCCCAGGGCACAAUCGGCUACUGGAUGGCCUGGCAACUGGACGAGAACGCCCAGAAAAUCCAGCGUGGGCAGAUCCCCAGCAAAUACGUGAUGGACCAAGAAUGCUCCAGGAGGCUCAGCACAUCGGAAGUCAAAGAUGACAACAGCACCUCCAAGACGCUCUCAGCAGCUGCCCGCAGGUCAUUCUUCCGCAGGAAACAUAAGCACAAACGCAGAGGGUCCAAAGAUGGGAAAGACCUCCUCACCUUGGAUACCUUCUCCAGUGACUCGAUUCCGCUCUUCGAUGAUCCGGUGAGCCUGGCCUACCAGCGGGUGCAGAAGGUGGACUGUGCGUCUCUGCGACCCGUCCUGAUUUUGGGGCCCUUGCUGGACGUGGUGAAGGAAAUGCUGGUGAAUGAGGCACCGGGCAAAUUCUGCAGGUGCCCCCUCGAGGUGAUGAAGGCUUCCCAGCAGGCCAUUGAGCGAGGUGUCAAGGAUUGCCUCUUUGUGGAUUAUAAGCGGCGGAGCGGCCACUUCGACGUGACCACAGUGGCUUCUAUAAAGGAAAUCACGGAGAAGAACCGUCACUGUGUCCUGGACAUUGGCCCGCAUGCCAUCGAGCGGCUUCAUAACAUGCACAUCUACCCUAUCGUCAUCUUCAUCCGCUACAAGAGCGCGAAGCACAUCAAGGAGCAGAGAGACCCUGUCUACCUCCGGGACAAGGUGACCCAGAGGCAUUCCAAAGAGCAGUUUGAGACGGCUCAGAAAAUUGAACAGGAGUACAGUAGGUACUUCACAGGGGUCGUCCAGGGAGGAGCUCUGCCGAGCAUUUGCACGCAGAUCCUGGCCAAGGUCACUCAAGAGCAGAGCAAAGUCCUGUGGGUCCCAGCCUGCCCGUUAUAG